AAACCGCCUUCCUUGACAACGGUGUACUCGAGUUUUGCUCACGCUGCGGGCACUCUGCGCAACGAUGUCGGUCUCGGACGUAAACGAUUUUAUCCGACAAAACCGUGCAGUGGCCGACCAAGUGGAGGCGUUCCGCGGACACUGGGAAAGCGACAAGCACUGGGUGCCCAGGAGGGAAUUCAUACUGCGGAAUAUGAACGACUUUGAGGGCGAGUUGCACAUGGACCAGCUGCUUUCGCUUUCAAUGGUGUGGGCCAACAACGUCUUCCUCGGCUGCCGGUAUAGCACGGAGCUCCUUGACAAAGUUAAACAAAUGGCCGAGGGUAUCGAGGUGGAGGACGCGCCCGUCUUCAAGACAAGAGAUGAAAUUGUAAAGCAGCAGCAGGGCAGAUGAUGGAUUCCUUUUCUUGCUGUUGGGAACAUACAGGCUGUGCUUGUGUUCUCAUGUUUGCUUUCACACCAAGACUUUUUUUUUUUUUUUAUGAAUUAAUGCAUGAUGCCAGCAGUGUGGACAUUUCACUGUCAUUUUAUCUCAUUGUUGUAGUGUAUUCGUUUUUAUUUUUUUUAAAUUGAUGAAAAAUGACCUAUUUUAAAUGUAUUAAAAUAAAAAUCCUC